AUGUUCAAACUUGCAGUCUUCGCGCUGGCUCUAGCUUUGGCAUCAGCCAACCUUGACGCUAACUGGCUGAUCUACAAGAAAACUCAUAAGAAAAGCUACGACGAAAGAGAAGACGCUGUCCGUCACCUCAUCUGGAAAACCAAUCUCCAGAAGAUUGAGCAGCACAAUGAGCUCUACGCCCAGGGGCUGUCCAGUUACUCCAUGGGGGAGAAUCAUUUAACGGACAUGACAAAUGAGGAAGUAAACAGGAUGAUGAACGGCUUGAAGAUCAACAAAAAGCUGAAUCCUGGCAACUACACGUCUGGACUUUACAAAGACAGCCUUCCUGAUGCAGUCGACUGGCGUGACAAGAACGUGGUUACAAAGGUGAAAGAUCAGGGCCAGUGCGGUUCAUGUUGGGCUUUUUCAGCAACUGGAGCUAUAGAAGGUGCUCACGCCAUAGCCACCAAUCAGCUGGUCAGCCUGUCAGAAGAAAACCUUAAGGACUGCGCAAGUAAAGAUGGGUGCAACGGGGAUUCGAUGGAUAACGCUUUUAAUUACGUAAUCAGCAACAAGGGAAUUGAUACAGAGGAUGCCUAUCCAUACGUUGAUCAGGACGAGCCCUGCUCGUUUAAACCCGACAGUGUUGGAGCCACUAUCACAUCAGUCACAGACAUUACCUCUGGCAGUGAAGACGAGCUUCAAAAGGCUGUAGCCGAGAAAGGUCCCGUCAGUGUUGGCAUCGACGCUAGCCAUCCAUCAUUCCAAGCUUACAAAAGCGGUAUCUACGACGAACCUGACUGCAACAGCACGAAUAUUGAUCAUGGAGUAUUGGUGGUUGGCUAUGGUAGCCAAGAUGGCAAGGAUUAUUGGAUCGUUAAGAACAGCUGGGGUGAAAACUUUGGCCAACAAGGUUAUAUUCUGAUGUCAAGAAAUAAGAACAACCAGUGUGGAAUUGCAUCUGAUGCCAGCUACCCCGUCGUUUAA